AUGUAAGCCAUAGAUCUGGAGUAGUAAAAUGUUAUUAUUUUACUAUAAAAUAGGCAAGAUUGAAAAAGAAAUCAGAGAAAAUAACAGAAAAAUAUGUCUGUUAAGGAAAAAAUCUAGUUGUAUAGAUCACAAAAAAUUAGUAAUCUUUCUUGCAAAAUUUAAAUUAGAUUAAAAGUUAAUUUUUUAAUAAAGUUGUUGUUGACAAAAAGAAAGAUUUGGUGUUAAUAAAAGAUCCAAAUAAUACUUUUAAGAAACAACGCAUGGGAUAAUAGAAGAAAGAAGAUCACUUAACAAAUAGAAUUUAGGAAUGUUAAAUGACAUAAAAGAAAAUCUGGAAAAUCUUGUCUAAACUUCAAUAUGUUAAUUGAUAAAAUUAAGGAAAAUAUAAAGUCUGGAUUUAAGAUUAUAGAGAAUUAAAUUGUAGACCGUCUUAAUUGGUAUUUCAUUUUAUAAAAUAGAGAAUGUCAAUUUCGAUAGAAAUUUAAUAAUAGGUUAACAGGUUAAUUAUUAGGAAUUAUAAUAAUCACUUUUAAGUUAAAUAGGUAAUCUAUUCAACUGUCAAUUUUUGUAAUAAUUUUAAAAACUAAAAUCAAGUUUAAAUGCUGGUGAACAGAGUCAAAUUUUGAAUUAACUAUAAACUAUUGGAUCUUUUAUGAUUAAUAAAAAUAGUAAAAAACAGAUUGGAUUUAUGAAAAACAUGAAAAAAGAAAUAGUUUUUGUUGAUUUUAUAUUAAUAAAAACUCUUCAAAAUAGAAUAGCUUGUCUUUAAUAUGUUAUAUAAUACACAAAUUUAGAAUAAUUGUAAAUAUAGUGGUAGAUGCAUACUGAAUAGGCUUUAAAAUUUUUUAAAGUUUAUUAAAGCAAUACAUCAAGUAAAUAAGCAUAAGUAAUACUUUAAUUGAAAAAUUCGGGAAGUAAUUUUGAAUCUUUAAUUGAAUCAAUUUUAAUUAAUUCUUCAUUAGAAAAUGAUGAUUUAGAAUGUCAUCAUAAUUAAUAUUGUGGAUCUUUUAAGUUCAUAAAAUAGAUUAGCUAGUUAAUCAUAUGA